AUAAACACAAGACCAGAAUAGCCCCGACAACAUUUAUUUCCUUGUGACGCACCUUUGCAGCAACAUCCUGCCUGUAGAUGUUGGGGCCUCUAGAAGUGAAAAGGCAAGAUGACACCGUUUUCUAAGAACAUGUUUUCUGUCCCGCUCUGGAUACCAAUCACAAUACUUUUUGGUUCUUUUUGUGAUGGUGGCAAAAUCUUGGUGGUGCCUUUGGAGGGAAGUCACUGGUUGAACAUGGACAUCAUCAUCAAGGCUUUACAUGAUCAAGGACACAGCGUUGAUGUUUUACGCACCUCCAAUAGCUGGUUCAUCAAGGAGAAUUCAACUUAUUACAGCUCUAUAACCAUACCUAACACCAAAGGAAUGGAUGAAGAAUUUGUAGAUGACAUGCUUUCCAAAGCAAUCGACUAUGAAAAAGGAAAAAUCAACUGGCUGGACCACGUUUGGAUGUAUCUGGAUACGCUUAAUCACAUUUAUAAAAUUAAUGAAAUGGUAUGUCAGCUUAUAACAAACAUGUUUGAAAGUGUGGAAAUUAUGAAGAUGUUUAAAGAAAAGCAGUAUGAUCUGGUACUCACUGAUCCAGUAUGGGGUGCAGGCAUUCUCCUGGCUCAUAAAUUGAAGUUACCCACGGUAUAUAAUGUGAGAUGGAUCAUUACUGUAGAGGGACAUUUUGAGGUCGCACCUUCACCACUGUCCUACAUCCCUAUCACAAGUUCUAGAAACACAGACAAAAUGAACUUCUUUCAACGAGUACAAAAUGUUUUCUAUUAUUGGCUAAUGUACUUUCAAUAUGGCUAUUUUAAUUUGGCACAGUACCAAGCACUUUGUGACAAAUAUUUCGAUCCACCUGUACGUUUUCAUGAACUUCUCCAGGGGGCUGAUAUAUGGCUUAUGAGGGUUGAUUUUGUUUUUGAAUUUCCACGUCCAACAAUGCCAAAUAUCAUCUACGUUGGCGGCUUCCAGUGCAAACCAGCAAAUGCCCUUCCACAUGACCUGGAAAACUUCAUGCAAAGUUCUGGAGAGCACGGAGUUGUUAUCAUGUCUUUAGGGUCAUUUAUCAGUGUCCUACCAGAUGAGUUAACAGAAGAAAUAGCCGCUGCUCUUGCUCAUCUCCCUCAAAAGGUGAUUUGGAGAUACACUGGAAAAAGACCAUCUACUUUGGGCAACAACACAUUACUGGUUGACUGGAUGCCACAGAACGAUCUUCUAGGGCAUCCAAAGACCAAACUUUUUAUUGCUCAUGGUGGAACCAACGGGGUUCAAGAAGCCUUGUAUCAUGGUGUUCCAGUGGUUGGAAUCCCACUUUUUUUUGACCAGUAUGACAAUCUUCUUCGUUUACAAGAGAGGGGAGGAGCCAAGAUAGUUACCAUCGCAACUUUAGAUAAAAACACAUUGCACGCGGCUAUUCAGGAAGUAAUCAGUGAUCCAUCCUACAGGCUGAGCAUGCAGAGACUCUCUCAUCUGCACAGAGACACACCAGUUAAACCUUUGGACAGUGCCCUCUUCUGGAUUGAGUUUGUAAUGAGACACAAAGGUGCUGCUCACCUUCGUUCAGAUUCCUACAAACUGCCAUGGUACUCCUAUUACUCAGUAGAUGUUGCAGUUACAUUGUUCACAGUUCUUCUAAUAUUUACUCUCUCCAUAUUUUUUACAAUUAGAUAUCUGUGUGUUAAGUGCUGCAGCAGAAAAAAGAAAACUGACUGACACAUUUGCAUAUGAAGUAGAUAAUUUACAACAAAUAUAAUUAAGUUUGACUGUCUAAUGUGUAAUAAAUAAAUAAAUAUGUACUAAUUCAAAUUGCGUGUUCCCAUUUAUCACAUUUGAUAGAAUAAUUAAUAUUGAAUCCUUAUGCUAUGCUUUUUUUUUAAUGUUUGAAAUAAAAACUUUCGACCAUUCUGUUGUGUCUCCCCCUGUCCCACUGCCUUGAAGUAGAUUAUUUGUACAUAUAAUCUUGUACAUAAUUUGUACAUAAUAUAAGUCUCAUUCUUUACUAUUUAUGUAAUGAGCAGUACACUGAACUUGGAACAACAAUUAAUAACGACAAGUAGCAUCUGGCCUGAAAACUAAACAUCCUCACCUUUUUGAGCCAGACUCUACAUAAUGUCAUUGUUAGUUUUAAAUGUUUUAUUUAACAAAGUUCAGUGUACUGUUCAUCACAUAAGUAGUAAAGAACUGGACAUGAACACACUUACCAACACACUGCAUCUUAGCAAAGAAAAGAAAAUCUUGUUCCUCUAUGCUUUCACUAUUCUUUAAUCACUCCCUGUUCUAGCUUUACAAUUAUAAAGACUGUCUGAAUCUUUGUA